CUAAAUGCAGUCCAGUCGGUCGAUGUCUGCUUCAUGGGUUUCCUCAUUGCCACGCCGGCGACUUACUGUAAAUGUGUCCCGAUUAAAUGGUCGUUUCCUUGCAACCCUGGAGCUCGGCUUUGCCAAGAAUUCGGUGCAGCUUCACGUCAUCUAGGCUCUGAGAUGCUUAUUUGACCACGCACUAAAGACAGUAUAAGCACGAGGAGAACAACGGUGAAUAGAUCUAUAUCUGGUCAGAAUACACCAAUCUAGCGCUUUGAUCCUCUGAAGUAUCUUUGGUCUACCUCACGUAUUGGCUAUAUCACCAUCGCGCAGUCUAACUACGUGGCCUUCUUCUAUGCUAACCGCCUUGUCACCAUAUUCAAUAGCCAUCGCAUUUGCUCGCUACCAAACGCAUUGGCUCGUGCUCCGUCAUACCGGGCUCUUAAGAGCUUGAUGUCAAAGGACAGUCAAAAGGGGACUUUCUUUGGGGCCUUUACUCCGGGUAAACCCCCUAGAAGUACGACCCCGCAGCCCGACAACGGUACGAAAGACCUCCUACAACGUUCUCGAGGAGAGGACCAUACAGUGUCACAUAGACACGGGUUGAGUCCGCGUCGCUACCCCAAAGACUGUCCUCCACUUAAGGUUAGGUGGUUCUAUGCUGUGGAUUCGCCCAAAUGGAAGCCCGGGGCCCGCGAUCAAAAAGGUGACUCGAAACCUUUAGCGCCCCCGAAGAAGUUUGUCCCGUUCAUUUCCAGAGACUCUGAAGCCGUCGAAGAUGCAUUUCAAGCACUUUUACAGUCUGAUGUCGAGAACGAGCAUGACUCAUACAGCAGGUCCGUAGGAGGUGCGUCGUCCGAGCCGACCAAGGUUCCUGUGAAUGAAGACUCGCUUUUUGAUGUUAUCAUUGAACAAAGGGAGCUUCGGCCGGCCUACUGGAUAGGCCCCGUCUACGAAGUUCGUCGCGGAACUUGGUUUUUUCAAGACGGGUCGACAACAAAACCAUGUGAAGAAAACUUGGCUACCCAGCUUGAAGAGGGUUAUCUCAAGUCAAAGCCAUGGCGGUAUACAAGCCCUACCUAUUCUGCUAAGUUUCCUGUGAGAACAAAUGACAAUGAAAAAGUACCUGGUUCUUCCAAUGAGUCCGAGAAUUCGGGGCAUACAACUCCUGUGGCUAGGAAUGAACCUGAAACGUACCGUCUGUUUGGUGCUUAUAUGAAUAGUAUAGUGACUUAUCAGGAUUCUAAGACAGCGUUACUGGUGAACGACGAUUUCAUGUCCAGGGUGAGCACAACGGUCUAUCAAAAGCUUGGUGGCAUUCCAGGGACGAAGCUCGUACGUGGCUAUAACGAAACGAACAAACAGAAAGAGGCGGAGGAUAAGAGCUGCGUCGAAAUGAAAUCAUCUGGGGAAGAAUUACAAGAGGUCUUGCCUGGGGAUACUCAAGAAAGGACAGUUUCACAGAUGGGUGGACCAUUUACGUCUCGUUACCAAACAUCGGACGAUGAAGGUAUCUCGGUCGAGGAAAAACCGACUGUUGAGCAGCGCGUUUCAACGGAUAUGGCUGAGCUCGAAGAGCGAGCACGCAAGCAAGCACAAAGGGAAAUGGAGGAUUCCAGGAAGGUUGAGGAUAAAGAUCGGGGAAUCGAUCACCUAGUCUUGGUCACUCAUGGAAUCGGUCAGCGACUUGGCAUGCGUCUAGAGAGUGUUAACUUCAUACACGACAUCAACGUUUUGCGCAAAACUCUAAAGAGUGUCUACAGAGCCUCUCCUGAUCUUCAGGCUCUUAACUCUGAUUUUCCGGACAAGCACGAAAACUGCCGCAUCCAGGUUCUCCCGGUGUGCUGGAGACAUCUUCUGGACUUCCCAUAUCAAAAGGAGCACCAAUCCCGUACAGAAUUCGAUCUGGGCGAUGCGAAAGACUCCGAGAGCACCCCAUAUCCGAGCUUGUCCGAUAUAACACUCGACAAUAUUCCUGCAGUUCGAGGGCUCAUCUCAGAUUUGGCGAUGGAUGUGCUUCUCUACCAAAGUGAUUACUGUGAGCAUAUCUCUCGGAUAGUCAAGCAGGAGUGCAACCGGAUUUUGGACCUUUUCAAAAAGCGAAACCCUUCUUUCCGUGGCUCUCAAAAUUCACGGCCUACUGAAGCCUCGCAUUGUGGCUAUGACGAGGAUCAUGAUAAAGUAAUCCAGGGCGAUAAUUUGGACUUUAAUUGUGAUGAUUUAUUCUGUUUGGGGUCUCCAAUAGCACUGUUCCAGAUGCUCAAGGGAAAAACCAUUGCUGGGCGACCACAGAGGCAACAUGCAUCAUCAACCCGUCCCGAAGGCGAAAGUGGGACAGUCAAGUCGCAAUCUAGCUCUUCUGUGCUUCAUGAUUAUGGGAAUGACAAGCUUCAGCAUCACACUCUGACUUCAAUAUCCUCUCCAAAAUGCCGACAAUUGUUCAAUAUUUUCCAUCCUUCUGACCCGGUUAGUUACCGUCUAGAGCCUCUCAUUUCGCCAGCAAUGUCAUCACUCAAACCUCAGCCAUUGCCGUCAGUCAAGAGAGGAAUUUGGACGACAUCGGGUCAGAGUCUAUCAUUGAUUAGCAGUCGUGUCGGACAAAGUGUGGGGUCAUUGUGGACGAACUUCACAUCUGGUGUCGCAAGCAGUUUGCUUAACCGAAGCCUUGGUCUUACUUCGGAAGAUACUGCAUCCUCCGAAGUAGGCCUUAAUACAACUCUGCAUGCCCACAAAUCACAAUCAUCAGCUGACCCCGGCUCUUCUCAUCAAACAGAAGAUAUCAGAAAUCCUACUCUCAUUGACUCAAAUUUAGAAACACUCUAUGAGGGUUAUCGUAAGGCCGGGGAGGGCGGCAAGCCGAGGGAUUCUCUGAGCAACGUAGGGGACUCGUUUGAAUCACUUGGGACCGAUCAUCAUGGGAGGAGACUUAUGAUUGAAGAUGCGAAAGUGAGGACAUUGAACUCCAAUGGAAGGGUCGACUAUAGUAUACAAGAGUAAGGCACCUGCUUAUCACUUUGGAUGCUUUACAAUAUCUCGAAUCUAAUUACAGAACGCUGAUCUGUCACAG